AUGUGUGAGAACAGGAAAGAUGCUGCAGCUGGUUCUCUAUCUGGUCUUUCAGUUCGGGCUUUGACACAACCCUUGGACGUGUUGAAAAUCCGUUUUCAACUUCAAGUUGAGAGUAUAUCUUGUCGAAAUGGUGGAUACUACCAGAGCAUGCACCAGGCUCUUAGGCGAAUCAUCCAAGAAGAAGGUGUAUGUGCUCUUUGGAAGGGGCAUCUUGCUGGCCAAUUCCUUUCUGUUAUUUUUACAAGUUCUGAGUUCUUCUUCUUCCACACGUUUUCUGAUUGGUCCGUCAAUCGUCUGCAUUGUAAUCGAACAGCUUUGAAUGACGCGAUCGCGGGCGGGAUGGCUGGUGGAAUAACAACUUUCGUUUGCCAGCCCAUUGACGUCCUCCGCACUCGCUUGGCGGGCCAGGGAUAUAUCAAGGUCUACCGGGGGUUUUCACAUGGAGUCCAACAGAUGUUUGUAAACGAGGGUCUGGCGUCAUUUUGGAGAGGGCUUGCUCCUUCUCUCAUCCUUAUUGUACCACAAAAUGCAAUUGCCUUUGCCACGUAUGAGGGACUAAAACGGUGGUUCGGCGGAUUUCCAACUUUCUCUCUAGAUUCAUCAGUUCUCUUAACCCUCUUUUCUGGUGCGAUUGCGGGCUGUUUGGCAAGAUCUGCAGUGUAUCCGCUAGACGUAGUAAAGAAGCGCUUCCAAGCAGUGGGUUUCGAAGAAGCAAGGAGAUACUUUGGACGUCUCCCACCGAAAAGUAACAGCGAAUGGGGCCUGGUAACUGCGGACUGUCUGCGGCGCAUUUACUUGGAGGAGGGCUUUAUGGGCAUCUUCAAGGGAUGGACGCCAGCCAUGCUUAAGGCUGGUAUUUCUACUGGACUGACUUUCACUUUUUUUGAGAUAUAUAGACAGCUUCUUUGUUAG